UGUGUGAGAGAGAGAGAGAGAGAGAAAGAAAGAUUAAAAUAAUAGCUAUGCUCAAAUCCUAUUUUGGUCGAUUGUGGAUUAACCAAAGACAACCAGGAAGUAUUAUAGGAGCUAGAUAUUAAUAGACGUAUAAUGCAGUCAAUACAUUUAGUGAACACGUUAGGUGAGUGUUGGUUCUCGGUACCAUUUCCUGCGAGCUACCUUCUAGAAAGUGUGUAACAUCCCAGGGCGAAGAUUUCAGUUUUCUAAAUGGUAGCAAUGGAGAGUUCUUAAACGAGUCGAAAAGCAAAAUGAUUCAGGCAGAACAGUUUUUAGUGUUACACUUGACUGACGUUUACGAUGUCGACCUGAACAGUGCCAUUUGAUACAGAUUGAAAGAGAUCAAAUUUGACAUCAUCAGCAUGACAUCAUUUGUGACAUUAAAAGUAUCUGACGCUGGCAUCUCUGCCCAAGACAUCAUCUCGCUGCCCAACGCCCAGAUCAAACACGGGAUAAUCCGUAGAAAGAAUCCGACCAUCACCUUCGGAAAAUGGCCGCACCGCUUCAUAGUCCUACUGAGAGAUUCCCUCUACGUCUAUCAUGACGAGAAAUCCAAGUCACAGUCACAGUCCGUAUCCCUCCGCGGGUACAAUCGCGUGAAGCGAGUCACGUCCAAAAAGCACGAUUGGUGUUUUGCCCUUCUUCCGGAGCAGAACGAAGCGUCUCUGAAGCCGGAGAAGUUUGCUUGCGUUAGCGACGCAGAGCGGAGAGAAUGGAUGAUCGCCAUCAGGGCGCAGCUUUACAUCGCCAACAAUCUGGACAUCGUGCCACACAGACCACAUUCAUUCUCUGACGAGGAUGAAUAUCUCAAAAUAGAAGAGUCUAUUUACGAUUCCAGAUCUAGAGAGCAGGACAUGAUAAGUUCCACGUCUGAAGAAGAGAGUUCUUCGGAUUCUGACAUGGAAGAAAAAUUUCCGGUUUUUAGAAAGUCCACUAGAUCGUACUCAUCCCCAGAGGCUUUGAAGGCAGAAGAAAUAGGCAAAUUAAGAAUGUUGGCUAAAUCAACGAAAAGGCAAGAGUCUGUCGAUGCUUUGCGGACCCUAGACUCAGUAAAGGAAGAAGAUGAAUCUGGGAAAAAACGCGGAGGAAGUACAAAGAUAAUGAGGAUUCCUUCAGUGCCUCCGCGAUACAGCGAAGUCGUUGAACCCGUGAAAAAAACUGAAACAGCCCAAGACCCAGAUUAUAUGAACUUGACCAAGAUGAAAGAACAUCUUGAUACCAGUGAUGGAGAUCCAAUGAAAGCUCCAUGGCUGUACGAUGUACCUCCUGAGCAUCCCCCGCCUCCACCGUUUCAUUGCCAAAAACUAAGACCGAGUAUGUCUCAAGAUUCGAAAUUUUAUCAGACACCUCCUACUGACAUAUUUCCUCCAAUACCCAGGAAGCAUCCGAUCAAAUCGACAAAUUCCAGCGAGGAUUCUGGAAUUAGGUGCUCGGGAUCGUCCACUGAAGAAGCCCAACAAGAGGACGACCUUUAUGUCCUACCCCAGGGGGACGAGAGGCUCUCGCUUGAAGCUUUGUGCACGGUGGAGGACACCAGCUCAGACAGGGACCAUAUCAUAUGUCAGCUCCAGGCCAAACAGCUCAGCGGCACCUACCUGAUACGCAGGUCCAGGCAAAACCCAGAUGAGAAGGUGCUGGCGUAUCUCACCAAAAACCUACACGUCAAAGAGUUCAAGAUUUACUCGCAGGGAGAGAAAGUUUUCUUGAAGAGUGACCGCCUCUUUGAUAACAUUGAAGAUCUGCUGAAGCACUACACAUCUGUAAGCACUUUACCCACUACAGAGUGCUAUCUCAAACAAGGUUAUCACACUGUCCAUUAGUCUGUGUGAAGACUCAACGCUCAGUUUUUCAUUUUACAGCAUGGUAGAUAUAUAAAUGUCUGCCAAACGCUGAGAGACUUUAAAUAUCGAAGAUGAUGUUUAAUUAGUUUUUAACCAAUUUAAAACUGACAAUCUUUAAAUAUUUAAUAACGCUUGUCUUCGAGUCCGAAGAUUAAUGAGGAAUGCAGUAUUUCCCGUGGCUGCGCAGCCCCAGCUGUAAUCUACAAAUAAUUAAUGUAAUAUUUACAUUGAAAUUAAUAUUGUCACAAAACGUUCAUGUUGACGAUUGACGAUGUGACAAUUAAUCAGUGAAUCAAGGAAGGAUAAAUUAAAUAAGACAAUAAAUGUGAUCAACACCGGACACAUUGGCUCUAUAUUGACAUUAUAGUCAUCAGAUGUAUUGUUCUUCUUUCAAACGAAAGUAGUGCAAGCGAUUGUAAUUGAACAAUUAGAGCUAGCCAGGGCUGGGCUUACGACAAUGUUACCGCACUGAACCUUACCAUCUUCGGGAGAAGGGGGGGGGGGGCUACACAAACUAAUUUUAAAAAAUGAAGAAGCAUACUGAAGUUCAAAAACGGAAAUGAGAGGUUCCAGGAACACAUUUAAUAUUUGGUCAUCAGAUUCAACUUCUGAAUAGGCCAUGAUGUGUUCACCUCCAAUCUAACAGGAUUGCAACUACAUUAUGAUACCUUUUUUUUUUCUUCUUUGUGGUGCAAAUGUGGUACUCAGGUUAGGUAUACAUUUAUUGAAUAAAUUCUCCGGUCCCCAAGCUCUAGAAAAAUACCCCUCCCCCUGAUAAAAGUUACAAUAAAGAAGAAGCAAUAUUCUGCUCAGGCUAAAUAUGAUUGAAGAUGCAGUUAAUUACGAAUGUGAUUGAAGAUGUGGUCAAUUGGGAAUAUGAUUGAAGAUGUGGUCAAUUGGGAGGUGGGGUCGUCAUCACUAUGUCCACAGCAUCAAACGUUUGUUUGUACUAGCGAGUGGCUGUGUAUGUACCAUAAAUAUCUACACUGAUUAUUGGGACAAAGUUCAUAAAUACGUGUAUUCAACCUGCUAAUGACGCCUCAAGUAGAAUAAGCGACAAAAUAUUUUCUUUCGAGAAGGGGGAAGUGUAAUUGGCAUUGAUGACAUUCCAACAUCCACUUGGCCUACAUAAGCUUUGUCUAGUAAAAGUACUUAAAGAUAAAGUAUUAAUAUUCCGAGAUAAUAUUCAUUCAGUCUACUAUUAGCAUCACUAUAAAUCAGGGAAACUAAAGAUAUGUGAAAAUUGAAUACUGUAUAUAUCAGAAAAUCAGUGGCGUAUCGAGGGUGCCGGGCGAGGGGCAGCAAUGACACCACAAUCAUAAUCAGCAACCGCAGAGGGAAUUGCGAUCAACACUCAUUGAGUGCUUAAUUAUUAUUAUAAAAAAAAACAAACAAAAUAUAUAAUAAGUUUAAAAAAAAACUUAUCUAAGAAGAACCCAAAAUCUACAACUAUAUAUCUCAAUAAUGUAGAAUUUAUUUCCCUUUUUCGAAAUAACCACCAAUAAUUAAUUUGCUAACUGGUUAAUUUUUUAUUGAUUCAUAUUUUUUAGGUACAUUAAAAUUAAAUAAUUGUUCAAAGCUUCAGCCUAAUCCAAGAUGAGAAAUAUCGUGUACAAUAUCUUAGGGGGACACAAUCCACAUAUUUAGCCGUAUAUGUGAAUACUGAAAGAUUAAUUCCACUUGUUGGUAUCAAAGAAAACAAUUAAUUCUAAGUUUUUGUAUUAACUAAAACUGUUUGUUUUUUUUAUUUUAUUGAUUCUUGUCUUUUCUUGACCAGUGAAUAACUGUGCAAAGUGUUAACUUGAUCCGAGAAUGGAUGUGGGAGAAAUAACGUGUUCAGAAUGUGUACUAGACAGAGUGAGUUGAUAGAAGCUUUGUACAAAUGUAACAUUCUAGUUAAAGGGAUGCUGAUGUAUUGUAGCGUGUGUGUGUGUGUGAUAUUGUGCUCGUGAUUUCAUGUUCCACAACCGAGUAUAUUCUGUUUAAGUAAAUUGAACUGUUAGAUUAUUUGUAUGCUAUCAGAUGUUUGAUAUCCUGUACACUUAUUUUUUUGCAAGGAUACAACACGUCCCUGCAGGGGACGUAGUAAGGAAUUUGCCAUCAUUUGGGGGGCCGGGAGGGGGCUUGGCCUCUUUGGGGGAUUUCCUGCAUUUUGAGUAAUAUUUAAUAUUUAAAGUAAAAAAACACUCAUUUGGAGACCCCUCUUAAUUAAGGGCCCGGGGGUAUUUUCAAAAUCUCCCCCUUCUCAUCCCACCCUAGCUACGCCACUGCGUCCCUUCUGAAAUGAUCAGGUAUGAUGGAUCAUUAGGAUCCAGGAAUACAAGACAAAGGUUAGCAUAUAACAAAAACAACUAAUAGUUAAUUUCAGGAAACAUAUGCACGUACAAACAAUACAUUAAUGUUUUACUUCACACACCUGGACCAUAUGCACGUGGAGAGGGGUAGGUUAGAUAUGGAUACACAGUAAGAGAACAUUAUGUAUUUACCUUAAAAUGUUUCCUUCUUUCAAUAUCACAUGUGUUAUAUGAGAUUUGAUAAGUGUACGUCCCUCACUUUAUCAUCACAUAUAUGAUUUCCAAAUAUUUUAAUUAAAUUUUAUAAUAUUUUGGUUUUAAACACUUUGAAUAUGUACGCGCACAAAAAUAAUGCACCUAUGUUGUUUUACAAAUAGUGUCUAUUAUAAUAAAUUUUCUGAAUGAAGAA